GGGUUGACUUCGUGGGAAGCCUGCCGGUCCCGGAGAGCGGCGACCUUUUCUUGGCCAGCAGCAGUUCUGUAGUACCCUGCGUGCAGUUACCACCCCUCCCCCCUCUUCCCGAGAAACUUUUUUUUUUUGCUUCUUGAAAGUUGCAUAAUUCUCCAGGCGAGGAGGACGCCACCCCUAUCGCGCUGCGGGCAGCACCGCGAGCCGGAGUGUGGGCCAUCCCGAGGCGGCCACCUCGCCGUCGCCUGGGCUGCUGGUCGUCUUCCUCUCCCCCGGCUGGCUUUCCAGAAAAGGCUGAACCGACCUCCCUUGUCGUUUGUUUGCAGAAGAUGAAUCCAGUCUCGGGGCCCCCUCCGCUCCCGCCUCCCGGGCAGCAAGUGAUCCACGUCACGCAGGACCUGGACACUGACCUCGACGCGCUCUUCAACUCGGUGCGGAACCCCAAGCCCAGCUCGUGGCGGAAGAAGAUCCUGCCCGAGUCCUUCUUCAAGGAGCCGGACUCGGGCGCCCACUCGCGCCAGUCCAGCACCGACUCGUCCGGCAGCCACCCGGGGCCUCGGCUGGCGGGCAGUGCCCAGCACGUCCGCUCCCACUCGUCGCCCGCCUCCCUGCAGCUGGACCCCGUGGCGGGCGCCGCGGGCAGCCCGGCGCAGCAGCACGCCCACCUCCGCCAGCAGUCCUACGAUGUGACCGACGAGCUGCCGCUGCCCCCCGGCUGGGAGAUGACCUUUACGGCCACUGGCCAGCGAUACUUUCUCAAUCACAUCGAGAAAAUCACCACGUGGCAAGACCCCAGGAAGGCGAUGAAUCAGCAGCCCCUGAACCAUAUGAACCUCCACCCUGCCGCCUCUUCCACACCGGUGCCUCAGAGGGCCAUGGCCGUGUCCCAGCCCAGCCUCGUGAUGAAUCAACACCAGCAGCAAAUGGCAGCCAAUAGCCUGAGCCCGCCGAGCCACCCUGCUCAGAACACACCCGCAGGGCUCAUGCCCAUGCCCAACGCGCUGACCACGCAGCAGCAGCAGCAGCAGAAGCUGCGCCUGCAGAGAAUCCAGAUGGAGAGAGAGAGGAUCCGAAUGCGCCAAGAGGAGCUCAUGAGGCAGGAGGCUGCCCUCUGUAGACAGCUCCCCGUGGAAGCCGAGGGCAUGGCCACCAUCCAGGCUGCUGUCAACGCCCCGGCCAUGACCCCAGACAUGAGACCGAUCACAAACAAUGGCUCGGAUCCUUUCCUCAAUGGAGGGUCCUACCAUUCCAGGGAGCAGAGCACUGACAGCGGCCUGGGGCUGGGCUGCUACAGCGUCCCCACAACUCCGGAAGACUUCCUCAGCAACGUGGAUGAGAUGGACACUGGAGAAAAUGCAGGUCAGACCCCGAUGGCCAUCAGUGCCCAGCACACCCGCUUCCCGGACUUCCUUGACUGUCUUCCGGGAACCAACGUUGACCUGGGCACUUUGGAAUCUGAAGACCUGAUCCCCCUCUUCAACGACGUGGAGUCUGCGCUGAACAAAAGCGAGCCCUUCCUAACCUGGCUGUAAUUGGUCCCCUUGCCACGUGCAUGCAGCUGGUAGCCUGCCAUUUCCA